GGUGAGGUCUGGAACCACUAACCCGGUUGUACACUUAUCACCAUGGUUGGGACCCGUAGUGGGUUAGAGACUAGCCCCUAUAGUAAGGAGCAGCAAGAAAAGAUGGYCGCCUUAGUCMAAGAGAACARGGAGAGAAAAGAGCGUGAGAAGCAAGCGAAGCUAAAGGCUAUCGCAGACGAGCAGGCGGCGAAGAUGAAGAGAUUGGAGGAGGAGAUGAAGAGAGUACAACAAGAGGAGGAAGAAAGAAGAAAAGUUGCUGAAGCAGAAGCGGCAGCAGAAGAAGAGAAAGAGAGAAUGAGUAUUGAGAGUGGAGAAGGAAGCAGUGGUGGCACGAUGAAGAGGGAGACAAAUAUUGAGAUGGAGAAGAAAAUCAGCGAGUGGGUCGCUAAUUUAUCGUUGGGUGAAGAGGAGGAGGCAGAGUCCUAUGCGAGAAAGGGAGGAGUAGAAAUUGGCAUGGAAGUUGAGGAUGAAGCGAGGGAAGAAGAGGAGGAGAGGGAAGUGAGUAAAAUGACUGCAGAGGUAGCGAAGGUGCAAGCGUGCAGGCAGGAGGUGUUGGCCCAGCCGGAUGAUAAGGCCAAGUGGGACAAGGUACUGGGGUACCUGGAAGUGUUGAGCAAGGCCUGGAUGGAAGAGCGCCAGGCUAGCUUGAGCCAGGAUGUAGCCUUGAGUGCCAUGCGGUCAGGGUUUAGAGACUUUGCGCGCGAGAUCAUCACCCACAUUGGGGGCGAAGUCAAGCAAUUGAGAGACAAUGUAGGGCAGUUUUGUGAGGGCGCCAUUCAAGGUGCCAAAGCUGUAGCCGCUGCAGAGGGAGAGGCCAGACCCUGUAAGGACCCAGUGAAACUUAAGUUCCCAGAUGCGUACGGGGGAAAGAAGGAAGAAAACUUUGACAACUGGGAAGCCAGUGUCAAUAGUUAUAUUUAUUUACAGCACAUCCUAAUUGAGGAAGAAGUCCUCGUGGCCUUCCAGGCCCUCAAAGAUGAAGAGGCUAGUUUCGCCAGGUCUCUUGCGCGUACAGCCGGUUGUGAAAACAACCUGGUUGCAUAUUCCAAAGUCACCCCUCUUUCCCAAUUCCUCAAGCUCCUCAAGGAGCGUUUCGCUGACCCAACGCGAGGCAUUAGAGCCUCUGACAAGCUGCAAACGAUCCACUCACGGCAGUGGAGGAGUGCCAGGGCACUCAAGGGUACCAUGGAUGAUUUAGUGGCCGUCCCGGGCCAUGGGGUCACCGAGACCCAAUUGGUCCAAUUGUUUUAUCGUGCCAUACCAGAGGCCCUGCGUGGGCAUUUCUUUGACAAGUCUCAACAGGCCGGCAUCACAUAUGAUGCAUUCAGUAGGGAAGUCGUCCUGUAUGAGUCAAAGUUUAUGCCAGUUACCACCUUCUGGCACAAGGACUUGGAGAAGGGAAAAGGGUGGAAAGGGCGUACCAUCUCUGGCCAAGUCAAGGCCAAGGAUCAUAUGAUCCUUACCUUAGAGGAAGGUGGUACCGAUGAGGUCCCAUACAGUCAGAUAGAGUGGGGCCUCAAGGAUGACGGCAGUAGUGUGGGGCAAGGGACGUCCUAUGCUGUUGUCGCGGCUGGAGGGAAGCCGCAAGGUAGAGGAGGAGGCAAGGGCCAAAGGGGCCAGGCCAUGGGAGGUCGUGGGCCGGGCGCACAGGGGGUUGGCAGACAGGGAAACCGCCAAGCAGAAGGUAGCGGUCAAGGUCCCCCCGCGCGCGAACAGGACACUCCCAACCCACAUGAGCCUAUGGCAGAGGUUGCAGGCGCGAGCCUAGAUAGCUGUCCAGAGACUGCUUGUGUUAGCGUCUCUUUAGGCACGUCCCUCACAGGUGUGGCAGAAGAGUUAAAGGAGAGGAUGCCAGCCUGGGCCAAAAUGAAAAGGGAGAGUAAGGGACAACUGAUUUUGGUAGAUGUAGAGGUGUUUAGAAGUAGAGUAGGGGCCCUUAUAGACUCAGGGGCUACCCGUAGUUACAUUAGCCGUAGGGCGGUGAAGAAGUUGAGGCUAGGACUAAAGGUCCAGAAGCUAGUAGACCCCAUAGUCAGUGUCCUCGCAGACAACCGCACGAUGCGMGUUGAGGACUACGUAGAGGGAGUCCAGGCGUACUUUCGCCUAGAGAAGGAUGGAAAAGUGGAGAAAGUCCUCCAUUCUUUGACUCUCCUCGUACAGGAUGACCUUCCUUUUGAUGUAGUUUUAGGAAUGGAUUGGGGAGAGGCAGCAGGGGCCACACUCCAUUUGAGAGAGCAUGAGUGUACGUUCCCUAGUCCGUCAGGCGAGGUUAAGACUGCCCGCUUGUUCCAUGUGUUUAGCAUAGACAACACCUUGGCACAUUGCUGUCUUAGUGCUCCCGCGUUCGCGCGAUUAGUUAAAAAGGAGCAGUUAGAGAAACAGGUAUUUGUAAUUUAUGUUAGACCUGUCACUGAGGCCCAGGAAAAGGAUAGUUCCACAGAUCCAACAAUUGCCAAGCUGCUGGAAGAGUUCAAAGAUUUGACUGAGUCGCCGACAGGAGUAAUGCCGCGACCUAUCCAGCACAGGAUAGAGAUAGAGCCUGGCUGUAGAACUCCUAAGGGUGCAGUCUACAGGAUGUCCCCUGGAGAGUUAGAGGAGCUUCGCAAGCAGUUAGACGAACUCCUUGAGAAGGGUGGGAUCAGGCCCUGUUCGUCUCCUUUUGGAGCACCAGUCUUGUUUGUCCCCAAGAAGGAAGGAGAGUUGAGAAUGUCCAUAGACUAUAGGGGUUUGAACGCAAUUACUGUGAAGAAUGUUGAGUCGCUGCCCAGCAUAGACGAUCUUUUAGAUCGGAUGCAGGGUUGUAAGUAUUUCUCUAAGAUAGACUUAAAGUCCGGAUACCAUCAGAUAGAGGUUCAUCCUGAUGAUCAGUACAAGACUGCGUUCCGAACUAGAUACGGGCAUUAUGAGUUUAUAGUGAUGCCCUUUGGACUAACCAACACGCCAGCUACUUUUCAGCGUUGUAUGAAUGACCUGUUUAGACCAUGGUUAGAUAAAUUUGUAGUAGUCUACUUAGAUGAUAUCCUAGUCUUUAGUAAGACCCUCCAGGAGCACCAGGGUUAUCUGAGGCAGGUCUUGGAGAAGCUACGAGAGGCUAACUUCAAGAUCAACGCGAAGAAGUGCGAGUGGGCCAAGACGCAAGUCUUAUACUUGGGCCACGUGUUGGACAAAGAUGGCAUUAAGUCAGACGACAGCAAGAUAGCGGCGAUUAGAGACUGGCCGACGCCCCGCACAUUGACAGAUUUGCGGUCGUUCCUAGGCUUAGCUAACUACUAUAGGAAGUUCGUGAGGAACUUCUCCACUAUCGCCGCCCCCUUGCGCAGACUGCUAAAGAAAGAGGCAAUCUCGCAAUGGGACAAAUAUUGUACGUCUGCGCUCAAGAAGUUAAAGCGCGCGUUAAUAGAAUAUCCCGUCCUCAAAGUAGCAGAUCCGUCCUUGCCAUUUGUCGUUACCACGGACGCAAGUCAGUAUAGGAUAGGCGUCGUGUUGCAGCAAGACGACGACAAUGGCUAUAGACCCGUAGAGUUCAUGUCAGCGAGGAUGCCCUGUGAGAAGGUYGCUACCUCCACGUACGAGACAGAACUUUACGCUCUCAGGCAGACUUUAAACCAUUGGAAGCACUAUCUGCUUGGGAGGCACUUCAAAGUGUAUUCUGACCACAAGACACUUCGUUGGUUAAAGACACAGGCCAAGAUGACACCUAAGUUGACUAGGUGGGCCGCAGAGAUAGACCAAUUCGACUUUGAGCUCAAGCCAGUAAAGGGCAAUUACAACGUAGUUGCGGAUGCUCUGAGUAGGAGACCAGACUACUUUGGAGCCGUAGUACACUAUCUGGAUAUAGGGAGAGACCUGCAGGAGAAAGUGAGGCAAGCAUAUGCGCAGGACCCUAUCUAUAGCGACCUCCUAAAGAGAGUUAGAGAGGCCCCAGARACUGAACCAGAUUACCGCACUACAGACGGGUUGCUGUUUGAGAAGACUAAUGUGUUUGACCGCCUGUGCGUUCCCAACAGCGAAGAGAUCCGCAGUUUGAUUUUAGGGGAAUGCCACGAUACUGAAGGGCAUUUCGGUUGGCAAAAGACAUUAGCCAACUUGAUGCGUGCAUGUACCUGGCCAGGGAUGAAGAAUGAUUGCAUAGAGUAUGUCCGCAGUUGUAAAUUGUGCCAGAGGAAUAAGUCUACUACACGUGCGCCCCUAGGUCUUCUCAGACCCUUGCCUAUUCCGGAUCAGCCGGGAGACUCCGUGUCCAUAGACUUCAUGGACACCCAAGUCAAGAGUAGACAUGCAUCGAGAGAGGCAGCAAACGUUGCAGCUAGAGAACAGGCUGCAGCAGCAGCCAGGGCAGCAGCCAUGUCUUCUGCAGCAGCAUCCUCUGCUACAUCUUCUGCUGUGUCCUCGUCUGGACCGCAGUUGGGAAUGCCAACAGGGUCCACAGGUACUUCCAGUUCAGUAGGAUCUCGUCAGUCUACAAGUCACAUGGCGGGCUCGCAGUUCAGCCCGUUGACUCCUCGCGAAAGGGAGCUCUGGGAGCUCCAACAGGUCGAAAGGAUCCGUGAACAGUUAGAGAGGGACCUAAAGAAAGCAACCGAUAGAGAAAGAGAGAUUAAAAAUAGAACAGCCAGGCUUGAUACUUUAGAGGUUGACAAAGUUGAGUUAGAGGGCUUGGAUGAGUCAGCAUUGUCUGACCAAAUGAAAAUACUGAAGCACAAUAUGUUGUCGCUGCAUGCGCACGUGGACAGCAGAUUGGACUUCAUGCAGAGCACUCUUGACCAGAUCCUGGAUGUUCUUACAAGGUCAGGAUUUAGGCCACCAGCACAGUCGCCGUUGCCGUUAACGGCGAUGUCAGGCCCCUUUCCAGUUCAAGCUGGCACACAACCAAGUGGCACGUCUGCAGCAGCCGCACAGACUGUUGCGUCUUCUUCCUCGGGUCCAGCGGUGGUUGCUACACCACAGCAACAACCUGUUCCUCAACAGGGACAGCCGCAAGGUCAAUGGUUCCCUAAGACCCCAAUGAAACCGCCUCUUGCCUUCUCAGGCGAGAAAAAGGACGAAGAACUCAACACUUGGUUGAGAACAGUCCCGGUUUGGGUGAAGGCAAAGAGGACCUUGCUGGAGGACGAAGUGGUUACUGUUGCAUCUUACCUCGAAGGUAAGGCAGCCAAAUGGCUAGAUGGUGUAGUGGUAAAGGCCGGAGAUGACCGCUUCACAAGUGAGCUAUGGAAGAAGACUGUUAAACAGAUGGGCAGUCAACUUCAAAUGACUUCAGGGAAUCAUCCCGAAGCCAACGGACAAGCCGAACAAAUGAACAGAGUUGUACAACACUUGUUGAGGCAUUACAUCAAGCCCAACAAGGAUGACUGGGAUGAGCAGUUGCCUCUCAUCGCCAGCCUGUACAACAAUGUUGUACACAGCGGUACCGGCGUUAGUCCUAAUCAGCUGCACUUGGGAUGGAAGCCUAGAUCAACCCUAGACUUCCUCCUACCCGAAAACCGACCCGCUGCAACUCCAGGCACACUCGAGUAUGGUGUGCAGUAUGAGAAGUUACUGCAAGAAGUUGUCGAGCAUAUGAAGAAAGCUCAGCAAGCAAUGAUUGCUUCUGAGAAUCAACAUCGUAGACAGUCCUCAUUUCAGGUAGGGGAAUGUGUCUGGGUCAAGGCUAGCGAGCUAGGACAGGAAUCCGGGAUCUCUCGUAAACUAAUGCCUCAGUAUUUUGGUCCUUGGGAAGUCCUGGAUAUAAUGGGGGAUGAGAUGGAUGGUCCCACAUAUGUCAUCGGUGUCCCUGGACACCUACGCACUUACCCUGUCUUUCAUGCCUCAAAGCUUGCACCUUUCGCUGAGACGGAUCAAUUCCCUUCAAGGAGAUCGAUGCUGCCCCCAACCAUGGAUGGUCAAGUAGACAUCGACAACAUUGUGGAUCACAGGGACAUGCCUGUUCCAAAGUCGCUGGGCCGUGGAAGACCUCCCAAACCCAAGAGAGAGUACCGCGUCCGAUUCAGGCAUCAUACGGAUCCAAAAGAAGAUCGUUGGUUCACCAGGGAGGAACUGAUUGACACAGCUCCUCAGGUGGUGGCAGAAUAUGAGAGGAAGCUAAAAAGGAAGGCACCUGCGAAGUAAGCAUCUCAGCGGACUUUCGAAGCUAAGGGGGAUGGAAUGUGAGGAUUGAGCCCUCAAGAAGGGGCCUUGCCAUGAUGUACAUGUUCUGGGCUAAGGCCCCAGCAAGCCUCGUGCCCGCCCUAAGUGAAGGUGGGCCAACAAAUCAACAAGAGCCCU